UGUGUCCCUCCAGACAACAAGGACUAUGAUGCGUACCUGUCCUACACCAAGGUGGACCCAGACCAGUGGAGCCAGGAGACCAGGGAGGAGGAACGCUUCGCCCUGGAGAUCCUGCCUGACGUCCUGGAGAAGCACUACGGAUACAAGCUGUUCAUACCCGACAGAGACCUCAUCCCCACCGGAAUCAGUCUGUCCAAUGAGCCUUACCAGGAUGACACCAGGCUCCUUAGAGCCUACAUCGAGGACGUGGCCCGCUGCGUGGACCAGAGCAAGCGCCUCAUCAUCGUCAUGACGCCCAACUACGUGGUGCGUCGCGGCUGGAGCAUCUUCGAGCUGGAGACCCGCCUGCGGAACAUGCUGGUCACCGGGGAGAUCAAGGUCAUCCUGAUCGAGUGCGCCGAGCUGCACGGCAUCAUGAACUACCAGGAGGUGGAGGCGCUCAAACACACCAUCAAGACCCUGACCGUCAUCAAGUGGCGCGGGCCCAAGUCCAACAAGCUCAGCUCCAAGUUCUGGAAGCAGCUGCAGUACGAGAUGCCAUACCGACGCACCGAACCACUCCUGGACCACGAGCCGGCCGUGGACGCCAGCGAGCAGGGCCCCUUCGGAGAGCUCCAGACCGUCUCCGCCAUCUCCAUGGCAGCCGCCACCUCCACCGCCAUGGCGACGGCUCACCCGGAGCUGCGCUCGUCCUUCCACAACACCUACCACACCAGCAUGCGGCAGAAACACUACUAUCGCAGUUACGAGUUCGACCUGCCACCAGGGGGCACCCUGCCUCCUAUGUCCUCGCUGGGGAACCAGCACACCUACUGCAACAUCCCGCUCACCCUGCUCAACGGCCAGCGCCCCCCCGGGAAGAGCCGCGAGCACAGCCUGGAGGAGGCGCACGGCAACAACGCCAUGCUGCCCCUGUUGCCCCGGGAGACCAGCAUCUCCAGCGUCAUCUGGUGA